AUGGCCGAGAUGGCGGCAGAGCUCUUCGCCCGGCAGGUGGACCAGAGUCAGGACGAUAACAUUGGUUCGGCGACCGAAGGACCGGAGAGCAGCUCUUCCGCUUCGCAGUUGCUGUCGACGCUUGCGCCUGUUGCUCUGUUCGCGCUGGUGUGGUUGAUUCUGUUCCUGAUCUUCAGGAAGUGGUUUGCGCGCAACUACAGACCGCGAACAUUCCUGGGCAGUCUUCGACCGAACGAGCGAUCGCCGAACAUCUCUGAGAGCUUCUUCGGAUGGAUAAAGGAAUUUUAUGCCAUACCAGACACAUGGAUCCUCAACCACCAUACCCUCGAUGGGUACCUCUUCCUGCGGUUCCUGAAGAUGGCGGUGGUGUGCUGCAUCGUGGGCUGCCUCAUCACAUGGCCCGUCCUUUUCCCUAUCAACAUCACGGGCGGAGGAGGGAACAAGCAGCUUGACAUGCUGACCUUCGCCAAUGUGACGAACAACUAUUACAAGCUGUUCGCUCACGCCGGAUGCGCCAUCCUCUUCUUCAGCUUCGUUCUUGCGAUGAUUACGCGGGAGUCGAUUUACUUUAUCAACCUGCGCCAGGCCUACCUCCUUUCGCCCUUCUAUACGAGCCGCAUGUCGUCACGCACUGUGUUGUACUCAUCUGUGCCGGACGACUAUCUGGACAAGGCACGUCUGAGGGCAAUGCUUGGGCCGCAAGUCCGCCGCAUCUGGUUUGCUUCGGAAACGAAAGAGCUGGAAGAGAAGGUGGAUGAGCGCGACAAGGCUGCCAUGAAGCUGGAAGGCGCCGAGACGAAACUCAUCCAGACCGCCAACGGCGCACGUAUUAAGUCCGAGAAGAAGGGCGAAGGCCCAAUGGCAGACGAGAGCGGCACAGGACUACUCGCAAGCCGGUACUUGAGCCCUAAGAAGCGCCCAACGCACCGGUUGAAGCCAUUGAUCGGAAAAAAGGUCGACACGAUUGACUGGUGCCGCUCGGAGCUCAGGAGACUAAUCCCUGAAGUUGACCGCAUGCAGGCCGACCACAAGGCUGACCGAUGCAAGAAGCUCAACUCGGUGUUUGUCGAAUUCGAGACGCUUGCUGAUGCUCAGGCCGCCUAUCAGAGCUUGACGCAUCACAAAGUCUUGCAGAUGGCUCCGCGAUUCACUGGCAUGAGCCCGAGCGAGAUCAUCUGGGGAAAUCUCAAGAUCAAGUGGUAUGAGCGCGGUGUCCGCUUCACGUUAACCCUUGCGCUUGUCGUUGCCUUGAUCAUCUUCUGGUCGAUCCCUGUGGCAUUUGUCGGUGCCAUCUCCAACGUUGACAAGCUUGUUGGACCGAAUGGCUACAUUCCGCAGCUAAACUUCAUUGUCACUGUCCUACCUAAGCCGAUCCUCGGUGUGGUCACCGGCCUUCUGCCGGUUAUCCUGCUAGCAGUCCUGAUGGCUCUACUACCAAUCUUCCUCCGGCUGAUGGCAAGAAUCGGCGGCGACCCAACGACAAGCGAAGUCGAGCUCACAGUCCAGAACUACUACUUCGCCUUUCAGGUCGUCCAGGUCUUCCUCGUGGCCACCUUGGGAUCUGCUGCUUCUGCUGUCGUGGAGACGGUGGCCGACAACCCCACCGAUGUGACGACGCUGCUGGCUCAGAAAAUCCCGCUGGCCAACAACUUCUACCUCUGCUAUUUCAUUCUGCAAGGUCUGGGUGUGGUGUCGUCCGUCAUGCUCGGUCUGGUGGGUUUGGUGCUGUUCAUGGUGCUUGGAAAGCUCCUCGACAAGACGCCGCGGAAGAUGUACAAGCGUUGGAUUUCGUUGUCGGACAUCGGCUGGGGCACGCUCUUCCCGGUCUACACUAACCUCUUUGUCAUCGCCAUCUGCUACGCCGCCAUUGCUCCUCUCGUCCUCGGUUUCGCGGCGAUAGGUCUUUAUUUCUUCUAUUUCGCCUACCGCUACAACCUGAUGUUCGUCUCAAACUCCAACAUCGAUACCAAAGGCCGCAUCUACCCCCGCGCCCUGCAACAACUCUUCGUCGGUCUCUACGUCGCCGAGCUCUGCCUUAUUGGCCUCUUCGCCAUCGCUACCAGAACCAGUGUGGUCGCUCUCGGCCCCAUGAUCCUAAUGAUCCUCUUCCUCGUCUUCACCGCCCUCUACCAAAUGGCGCUCAACAAUGCCCUCACACCCCUCCUCACCUACCUCCCCAAAUCCAUGGACGCCGAAGAACGCCGUCUCCUCAGCGAAGAGCAGGAACACCGCGGCUUCCACCACCCCCACGGCGCCCACCGCAUGGAGGACGGCAGCAACUCCUACGCCCUCGACGCCGCCUACAGCUCCUCCCGCGACACCGAGAAACCCCUCCCCUCCGCGCCAGGAAGCGAAGGUUUCUCCAGCACCAAUACCGGCGUCAAUGCCCCUCCGCAUAAAAAACCGAACAUGCUCACCAAAUUCCUGCGCCCGGACAAGUACACCGACUACGCCACCAUGCGCCGGCUCGUGCCCAAAGACGUCGAGAUCGAAUACUCCCCUUGGACAGAGGAGAACGCGUAUUUCCACCCGGCGAUCACGAACCUCACGCCUUUGCUGUGGGUGCCGCGGGAUCCCGUGGGGAUUUCGCGGCAGGAGUGCGGGUUGACGGGCGGGGUGAUUCCGAUUACGGAUGAGGGCGCGUAUUUGGAUGAGAAGAAUAAGGUGGUGUGGGAUGCGCAGGAUGGGCGGCCGCCGAUUUACGAGGAGAAGGUUUAUUAUUGA